AUGUCUGAGGAUAUCAAGUCUAGAGUCAUGAAUUACUUUAAUUGUCCGUUGGGAGAUAUACAUGAAGGAGAAUAACUUAACUUUGUUUGUCUUGAGGCAAAUUGUAAAGAAAUGGGACUCAUCUGUCCUGUAUGCAGAACUUAAAAACAUUCCAAGCACAAAGUCAUUCCAUUGAAGAUCUUUCUAGCAGAUAUCUAUACUAAUAUAAAUGCUAAGCAAAAUUAAAAUUCUUUGGAUUCCUUACUCGUGCAAUUAGAUUAAUCUCGCUUGAAAAUGUUAUCCAGUCUUAAAGACAUUGUCCAAAAAAUGGUUUUACAAAUAAAAUUGCUUGAAGAAUAAAUCAACUUAAGUUAUAAGAAUACAAAAUAGAGAUUAUAGGAAUAGAAUCAAACAUAGAUGAAUUUUCCUCUGUUGUUUUAAUAAAUCCUAAAUACUCAAUAUAAGAAUGUGGAAUUAUUAAAAUAAGAUGUACGUAAGAUCAUCGACAAUGUAAGUCAACUCCAACCUGGCAAAAUUGAAAUUGACUUUAAACCUUAAAAAUUGUUUGAUUCCUAUUAAAAAGCUGUAAAUAUUCUGUAAUUAUCAUUCUAGUCACAAGAGGCAGUUAAUCAAUUAUAGAUGUUAUUUACAUCGUUUAAAUAAUCAACUUAAAAAAUAGUGAAACCAAUUGAAAAGUUUACUUUGCCAGUUGUUAGUCAUAAUCAAAUCAAUUUCAUUUUUAGUUAAACAUUGAAAUCGGCGACAAUUAAUGUUCAAGAUUUAAAAAUAGCCACUCAAUAAGUGUAAUAGAAUACUGAAAAUCGAUUUAUUUUAAUUGAACCAUCUAUUUAAGAUUCAUCUAAAAUUGCCUUUAAAAUUGUAAAUUUAACUAAUUUCAUUGGAUUGGGAAUUGGUUUGAAGAACGUUCUUCAAACAAAGAACAUGAGAUUUGAUUAAUAGUCAAUAGGACAUGGUUCAUACAUGGCAUCAUCAAACGAUCUUGUAUUUUCACAUCACAAAUAGGAGGAAAAUAUGAUAUCUAAAUCUUUUCCAUUUGCAACUGGAGAUAUUGUGAUUUUAGAUGUCAAUUUUGAAAAUUAGAUAAUAAAGUUUAAGAAUAAGAACUCAUAGAAUGAACCAAUAUCACUUACAUUUGACAUUCCAGAAAAUGAUGAAAUUGUUUUUUGCGUUAAUAUGGGUAGUGUAGGAGAAAAGGUGGAAAUUUUAGACGAUUGGGAUUGA